UUGUAGGAGGAUCAUGUGAAUUAUGUUGUCUGCCACAACCAGAUCGUUAGCUAGCGAACUAACGGUGCAUUUUGGUUGAUGCCUGAUUUUGAGGAAUUGGACAACGCUUCCCUAGCUAAUGAUUGAAAGAGAAUAAACUUUUCCCAUUGCAUGGCUAUAGAAAUUGAUGUUUGUUAAACUCAGACCUAUCUAGCAAAGUUAGCUAGAUGCGAUGGAGUUGAGAAGUGGUUACAUUAUUUAGCUAACGUUAGCCAAUCAAAAACGCAUCGAACUGAGUGAUGAAGGACCGGUUGGGUGAAUUAACCGCAAGCAGGACACAGGCAGAGGAGGAUGUCACAGUUGACAGAGAUGGAUUUAUGGAAGGGUUUUUCAGAAGGGUCGAAGAGGUUAGGGGGUUGAUUGAUAAGAUAUCUUCUAAAGUGGAGGAGGUGAGGAAGAAGCACAGCAUGAUCCUGUCUGCACCCAAUCCAGAUCAGAAGAUGAAAGAUGAACUUGACCGGUUGACCAAUGAGAUCAAAAACAAUGCCAACUCUGUGAGAGUUAAGCUAAAAUCUAUGGAGCAGAGCCUGCCCAAGGAUGAUGUUUCUAACAGGGCCUCGGUUGAUUUCCGCAUUCAGAAAACCCAGCACACGGUGCUCUCCAGGAAGUUUGUGGAUGUCAUGACUCAGUACAACGAGACUCAAGUGUCGUUUAGGGAGAGAAGCAAAGGAAGGAUCCAGAGACAGCUGGAGAUAACUGGGAGAGUGACUAGCAAUGAGGAACUGGAGGACAUGCUGGAGAGUGGCAACUCAUCAAUUUUUACAUCUGAUAUUAUCUCUGACUCUCAGAUCACGCGCCAGGCCUUGAAUGAGAUUGAGUCAAGGCACCAGGAUAUCAUCCGCCUGGAGUCCAGCAUCAGGGAGCUCCAUGCCAUGUUUAUGGACAUGGCCAUGCUGGUGGAGAAUCAGGGGGAUAUGGUCAACAACAUAGAGAAGAAUGUCUCCAAUGCAGCUGAAUACAUAGGCCGUGCCAAAGAGGAGACCAAAAAAGCUGUGAGAUACCAGAAAAAAUCCCGGAGGAAAUUGUUCUGGCUUGCCAUUUGUGUGGCAUUGGGUCUCCUCAUUUUAGUCAUCAUAAUAGCAACAAUGUUUGACUGACCAAUGAGAGGCCAAGUUCCAGUCAUCAUACCCUGCUCAACGUUAAACUACGCCUCCAAUACCAAGACGGGCACGCCAAUUCUCAGAGGACAAUAGAUCCAUCUGUAUCCACCAUGUUAUUACACUAUUACUCCUUUUCACACCAUAUAAUGACUGAGUCAGUGGCCUUGCACAAUCUCACAGAAGCUUUAGGAUACUCCCAGAGCCAUGGUUACUCCUAGGAAAACCCUCCCCCUUGCUGCAAAUAUACAGGGUAGCCUUUUGUACUGUCAAUGCUAGUAACUAGAAUACAGUCUCUACAGGGCUGACAUAGGAUACAUGUCAACAAUUACUAGUAUUGCAAACUACAUAGACACACACAGACACACCUCUUCUGCUGCCAUAUAGUACAUGGUAAGUAGAGAGAUGUCACUUUCAAACUUUACUUAGCCAAAUUAUUUUAUUCCUUUUUUAUCUACGUUUUAAAGUGAUUCAUUCUUAGCUCUGUGUUGUAUUAUCAACUUCUGUUUGUAUGUCAAUUAUUUUCAUUUUAGUAUAACGAUCAGAACAAGAUAUGAUUCCAUACAGCUAAGUAGGUGUAACUUUUUUGCCUUGUGAUGAUCAUGACUGAAUGUGCCUUAAGAGAACCGAACACUGUAGUACUUAAGUGUACUAAUUAAUAUACUCCCAAUGAAUACUUUGAUUGAAAACCA